GGAAAUCGGUGUAGCAUGUCAAGUGGACGCAGUGCCCGCCUCCCUGCCACGCCCACCCAGACCGCCAACAACAAGCACAGGGCGGCAGCAGCAGCGGCGGCGGCGGCGGCAGCAGCAGUAGUUGCCGCCGGGGAGCCCAACAGCAACAGCAUGUUGCAGUACGGCAGCAACAGCAGCAGCAGUGGCACGGCGCCGACCACAGCAGCCGCAGCAUCUGCUGCCUCUGCCGGCAUGGGAAUGGGAGUGGGCGUAGUCGGGGGCGGCAUGGCCAGCGGCAUGGGAAUGGGCGUGGUGGGUGGCAUGGGCAUGAGCAUGGGCGGUGGCAUGGCGCCGUACAGCUUCCACGGAUCAACAAUGGGCAGCAGUUGCGAGUCGAGCGUGGAGCGCAUCCCCGUGGACACCAUCGAUGCACUGGGUCCCGAAUUGGCGGUGGCCACUUCCCAGGUGCUGGAGAAUCUGUCCGAGAACGAGCGCAAGAUGAUCAUCGAGGUGCUCAAUCGGGACGAGUCCGUGCGACAGAGGGAUGCCACCAGAAUGAUGCUAUUGCGCGCCGAAUUGUAUGCUUUGAGGCGCAAGGGUGCGGCCAAGGUCGUUGGUGGAGUGCAGCAACUCGAUGCCACACUACAACAACAACAACAACAACCACAGACAACCAUGCAGGCCAAUGAACAACAACAGCUCGAACAACACAACAACCACAACGCACACACGAGUGGCGACCCGAGUCGCCACUGCGCCCGCUGCACCACCGAAUUGGGUCGCAUCACCAACCGAGGCGCCCCAUGUCGCGUCUGCAAGUUGCGCGUGUGCAAAGCCUGUCGCGAAUUCACAUCGCGCACCACGGACUGGGUGUGCGUGGUGUGCCACAAGCAAAUGGAACUACAAUCGGCCAGCGGCGAGUGGCUGAAGGACGCCUACGCCCUCGGCUCCUGCAGUGCCGUCGACCACCUGACCACCAGCGAUGUCCUGAGGAAGAGCAUCCGACGUUCUUGGACCAUAUCGAAUCCCGAGGACGACCCGAACAACCCGAACUCGCAGCAGCCGGUGGCGGACAACCUGUAUCCGCAGCAGCAGCAUCUGAUUGAGGCGCAGUCGGCGGGCAGCUACCCCACUCUGCACCAGCACCACCAGCAGCACCACCUGCCCCCGCAGCCGCGGCCCACGACGCACGGCAUCGGCUACGCCAGUGGCACCGCCACGCCCACCACCAGCAGUAAGUGGCAGCUGGGGCGGCGGGUCCUGCGUCAGUCGACGCUGCCGAGCAGCCUCAAUAACGACCCCGCUCUCAGCGGCAGCGGUGGCAACCUGGCCAACUACAACUCGGUGAACCUAACGGCGCCCACAUCGCCGCAUCAGCUGCAGAAGAGUCCGCUCUAUCCGAGCGCCUACAACAGCGACGACGUCAUCCACAUGAACACGAUGCCCGGAAUGGGAAUGGGUAUCGGAGUGGGUGUCACCGUCGGCGACUGCGACAACUACGCACAGCAGCAACAGCUACAGCAGCAACAGCAACCACAGCAACAGCAACAACAGCAACAUCAGCAACCCCAGCUGGAGGUCACACCCACGCAUCAUCGGUUGCAGGUGCGGCGGCAAUCGACGUUGCCCGCCCAACCCACUCCGGCCAUCUACAUGUCCACCUCGCCGAACCGCCUGUACAGUCGCUCCCCGGAAAGAUCGCCGGGUGAGCAGCAGCGAUAUCCACCGUUCAUGCGGCAGACAUCCUUCCCGGAACCACCGAGCACCUAUCAUCGCACCAAGUUGCUGCCCAGCACAGGUGCACCACCAUCCACGGUGGCUCCUCCGCCACUGAACUACGAAUCGCAGGCAUCCAGUUUGGCCAGCGACGAUCAGGAUGUGGGUCCCAUGCCCAAGCCACGGAUGACCCGACAGGCCACUCUACCGAAUCCCGAACAGCAUGUCAAGUUGUUACCCACAUCUCCGCCGAAGAGGCAGACUUCCCCGCAGUUUCGACGCUCGCCGGAGUUUAUGAGGCAGCAAACGCUUCCCAAUCCGGAGGCAUUCAACAGUGGAAACACCUUAACCGUACAUUCAACGCCACCGGGGAAAUUCAUGCCGAUUUCGCCGCGGGCCAAGCAGAAUUUCCUCUUCCCGAGUGUCCCGAAUCCCAGACAGUUCCUCUCGCAACCGCAUGUUCCCGCGGUGGGUGGCACUGAUCUGGGAUCCGGAGGCAGUGUGGCGGGCACAAAUGCCGGAGGUGGGGAGCAGUACUCCAGCAGUCAGAGUGUGAAUAUCCACCACUCCCGAGAUCCGCAUGCCAAGAUGAUCAAGGUGCGCAGCCACAGCAACGAGGAGUACUCGAACACGAAGGGUCACUCGGAGAACAGGAGAUUGCUCCCGGAGAUUCCAACGGCUGUCCAGAGAACUGGUGGACGAUCGCCAAGUCGUCUGGUAAGACAGGACUGCCUCAAGGAGGAAAGGACCUUCGGGGAAGCCAAGCAGCAGUUCCAUCAGUUCCCCGAUGUCACCGAGGAGCUGGACAAUCGUCCGGAAUACGUUGACUACUUUGGCGACAGUGCCACCAGUUUCCUGGAAUCCGAUGAAGUUCAGUACGAGCGGAACUAUAAUGCCGGAUUUAGUAGUGAACCAAGGAUUAUAUACAAUAAUGGAUCGGAUGAUGGCAGCUACCAGAAUUCCUCACAGAGACCCAUUUACAGUGCCGAGAAUGUCCUGGCUGAUUCUGGUUACGGAGGAGGUGCCGGAGUGGGUUUGGGAGCCAGUGGAGGAUCUGGAGGAGUGCCUGGCUACUAUCCCGACAUGGGAACCCCUCAAGGUUUCUAUGGAGGAGCCGCUCUGCCACGAACUCCUCUGAUGCACAAUCGCAUGAGGAGGCGGCAAUCGAGGGAGCUGCAAAUGCAGCAGGAGGAGUUGGCUCAACUUUCCCAGGCAUCAGAUGCAAAUGGAAAGUGUUCUGGAAAUGAAGGUGCAACCACCGGAGGAAGUGGAGCAGAUGGCCACGCCGCCGAGAGAAGGAAACCGGAGCAGAUGCGCUCCGUUUCAGAGGAUUCGGGAGCUAAAACCACACCGAAACCAGUAACACGAAGAUCUUUUUCACAUCCCGAAAAGGACACGCAGCCCACGAAGAAAACCGAAAUAUCGAAGAUACCCAGUCCACGACCCUUAGCUGAUAUCCUGGACAAAACUCGCGGAAAUUCCAAGAUUCCACAGGCAAGACGCAGGAAUUCCCGGACAGGAAUUGGUGAAGCUGAGGAGGGUAGCACGACCCAGCACAUUUACUCCUUCCAUCAACAGCUUAUGCAUAGAAACUCUGAUUUAGCCAUGCGCCUGAAAAAAACAGAAAUUCCUGUCGCCUCAGUAGCAGCAGCUUCUACUCCAGCAGCUCCAGCCAACCAGGACGAGAAUCCCCAGGGGGAAACGGGAGCCAAAGGAUCCGCAGCGGAGCAGCCGGUCAACGGCAAGUCCCUCGAUUCCUCGGCCAACAAGGAUGGUGGUGAUCCGAAUACCACUGCGGAGGCCACCCACACGAGCACUUUGGGCGAGCAGGAGCUGCAGAAUGCAGUGGAGGCUGCAGCGGUCGUCUUCAAGAAGGUCGUCCUGCAGCGUCGCAAGGAGAAGGAGAAGGCCGCCGAAGAAGGCGUUCAGCACCACCAAAAGCAAAAGCAGCAGCAGCAGCAACAGCAGCUGUCGGUGGUUUCCGGUGGUGAUAUCGUAACCAUCAGCGGAGGAGGAGGAGUCACCGGUGAUGCCAUGGAAACGUCGUCGUCAUCGGAGCUGGACUUCAGGUGUUCCACCCAACACGGUCGCCAGCAGCAGCAGUCGCAGUAUAGCGUCGAAGCCGACGAGUUCAAGCUCGUCUUCCUCAACUCGGAUUCAUCUUCGUCCUGUCACGGCGAGGAGGAAGAGGAAGAGGAGGAGAAUGAUACGGACUCAUCCUGUUCCACGCACCACUGUCACAGCAUUGUGAGCAAUGUGGAGGAUUGCGAUUGGGAUUACUUCGAACCCUCCAUGAUUUCCACAACCACAACCACAACAACCACCAUGAUUGCUUACACCACCGCCAGAGCCACGCCCACUCCACCGCCAAGAGUGAGGCGUCAAUCCAGCGAUAGUGAUUCCCCACUGGUGCAGAGGCGUCCCCAGCAACCGAGGAGUAGCUACUGUCCCAAGAUCAGGGAGAGUGACACCGGAACCGACGAGGAGUUCGUUCUGAAUACAGAGAGUAGUUCGCAGACCAGCUCGGAUCCAACGCCACCACCGGUGCCACCACCUCCCCACCCACUGAGCAUGAAGACCAGGAUCAAGACUCGGUUCCUGAAGAACCACCACCACCACAGCCACAACCGAUGCAACUGCAAUCCCGGCCAGCAGCAGCAGCAGCAGCAGAUGCAACCGCAGCCGCAAUAUGUUCCGAUUCCCGUGCCCGUUCCCAUUCCCGUGCCCAUGGCCGCCUAUCCCAAUUGGCCGGAGGUGGCCGGUAAUCCCCUCCUGGAACAGGACGAGCAGCUGGCCGCCAGUCUGCAGCAACUUUGGCAGGCGGCCGGCCAGCAGCAGCAGUUUGCCGCCAUUGUUGCAGCCUAUUCGCAGCAAUUUGCGGCGGCCAGCAGCAACAUGUUCGAUGCAACGCCGCCGGUGACCAGCAAAAGCUACCAACAGCUGCCGACGACGCCGCCACCGAUGCCGCAACGCUUGCGCGGAUUGGCGGGCUUCAAGUCCUCCGCUCCGGAGUUGAGUGCCUCGCUGGGAUCGCUGAUGACGCAGUCGCUCUGCUCCACCAUAUCCUCAUCCUCGUCGUCGAGCACCUCGGGUUAUGGCACUGCGGGCAGGAGUCUGGAAACACUGGCCAGUCCAAUUCGAGCUGCCAACUCGCUGCAGCAGCAAUACCAACAACAGCAGCAGCAGCAGCAACAACAGCAACAGCAGCAGCAAUACCAACAACAGCAACAAAUGGCCAGCAGUGCUUUCAAGCCAAAGCCAACAAGUUUAGUAGCGUCGCGUUCGCCGACGGGUGAGCAACCAGAAACGAGCAACGCGCGUCGCAACACCAACAGCAACAGUGAGAGCGACGACAGCAACACCAAGAGCAGCAGCAGCAACAGCAGCAACAACAACGCAACGCCCACAACGGGUAGAUUGUGUAAUGUUUUUGAUAAAACCGGCACAUUGCCAGUGCUUGUUGUUCAGGCACAUGUUGCUGGUGUAGAUAAGAGCACAGCAUUGGCAGCAACAACAUCAGAAUCAGCAGCAGCAGCAAUAUCAACAACUGAAACACCAGCAACAUCCACUAAGGGAACCGCUCUGAGAGUGGCCAGCAAAUACCAGAGCCGAAAUCUAUGCGAAACCCAAGCGGCGGCAACAACACAAACCUACCUGGCCAGUAAAAACAGCCACGAAGAAGUGGAAGCAGCAGACGAAACGAAUAUACAUAAAAAUCAAGUACCACUAGCAGCAACAACAACACAAACAGCAACAACAACACAAGCAACAACAAAAGAAAUACAAACAGCAACUAGAGCUGCGGCUCCUGCGGUAAUAACUCGUUUCGGGGGACUUGCAGUCGAAAAUGUGGUUGGAAAUGCUGGUGUCUCGGAAAGUCCCAAACCCAGAGCCCAGCAGCACCCAGAGCAGCAGCAGAUAGAUGAUCAUCGUUCGCCGACGGAGAUUGCCAAGAAUUUGUCCUCCAAUCGACUUACGAGUAGAGCGAAUAGCAAGAACAUCAUGUCCGAUGAGCCAUCGGCAUCUGUGUCCGAAUCCGUAUCGAUCCAUUUGCAGAGCGAAAGCUAUGCGGCCAGCAGUCCAGACGAGGUGAGCAGCAACAGCAGCCAGGAGGAGGAUGCCAAGCCGAGGCGCACCUCCCAGAGGAGCUACAAUGUGGCCGAGGUGAUGGAGGAGCAGCUGGAUGAGGAGGAGGAGGAGCAGCAGCAGCGCCACCACAGCACCACCUCGAGUGCCUCCAGUUCCAGCAGCAGUUCGAACUCCAGUUCCAGCUCGGAAUCCUGUGACUCCGAUGAUACGGGAACAGUGCGCGAUCGCAGGCCGAAAAGGAGGAGGUUCAACAAGGUGUUCGUGGUGAAUCGACAACCAGGAGCGAGGGUGCGACGCAGUUCCUCCACCGAAGGGGAUUCCCUCUCCUCAUCUGAAGCGAAUCUAGAAGACUCCUCGGAUAAUGACACGGAUACCGAGCGAACGGAUUGUGGCAUAGUACUUAACUACGUGAAACCGCUAGAAGAGGAGCCCAAAAAACCAGAAGAGGAUGGGGAGGAGGAGGAGGAGGAGGAGGGGGAGGUUGCGGGGGCGGCGGCGCCAGCUGCACGUGAUUGCCAAUCGAGUGACGAUGAUGAAAGUGAACGCCGUGUUGCCAACUCAAGCGAUGAGCUGGCCAACUGCAUUGUGGUUGUGGGCGGACAGACGGACGACGCUGCCGCCGGCGUGGUGCUGCAUCGCAUGCGAUCUCUGCCAGACGAAGACAACAGCAACAGCAACGAGGUGGUGGAGCAGCAGCAGCAGCAGCCGGAGGAGGAGGAGAAGCAAUCAGAGCGCCAAAUGGCCGACAGUGAUGCUCUGGCCGCCUGCGAUGAGUUGCACAGCAUCUCGAACGAUGUCAACCGACUGCUGGAGCUGCACAAGCAGAAUUCCCAGCUGGAAAUCAAGCUGCAGCGCUUGCGACAGGGAGUGGCCGAAAUCAAUGAGGAUCUGCAGCUAACCACCGGCACUGAUGUGGCUGCCACCCACCAAACGAGGCGAGCAGGUAGUCCAUUGGCGAUUGCGAAUCCCGAUGGGAAGCCCGACGAGUGCAGCCGCCCUUCUGGGAAAAGCCUCUCGAGCCUCUCGAGCGUGCUAAAUUCUAAUGACGGCACUGCUCAUCGCCUCACCUGCCUGCAGGUAGAAGAAAAGCAGGCAAACAGCGAUUGUAAACGAUUGGCGGCGGCGGCGGCUGAGAAGAAAACAGCUGAGCAAACGCAGAGGGUCGGCACAUGCAGCCAAGCAUGCAAAAUAAACGAAAACAGCACCGACUACUCGCUCGACUCGCUCUCCAACUCGUCGUCGUUGAGUUUGGCACCUGAGCAGGUAGAAAUCCAGCCGGAGAGCACUCGCUUUUUCGGCUUACCUGUCGCUCGAGAGAAGCAACAGCAACAGCAAGAGCAACAGCAAGAGCAACAGCAGCAAUAUCGCUUCGAUUCGAAAUCGGAGUCGGCGGAGUCGACAGUCGAAAAUGAAAUGUUAAACGUUGCGGUCGCUCCACGCUCCGCGCUCUUCAGCGGUAACAAUAACAAUAAAAACAACAACGAUAAUAGCAAUAACGAAAACACUAAUAACAACAGCAACAACAACAACAACGACAGCAACAGCAACAGCGAACUUGGCCAUAAUAAUGACGCUUUCGCAGCGGCACAAAAGACGAGAAAUAGCGGCUCGAGUGACGUAGUGAGUGUGAAUUCAAAUGUGAGUGGUGGUGAAAACGAGUGUGACUACGACAAAAUAUUUGGUAGCCAUCGGAAGAGCACUUCAAGUGCAACAGCAACAACAACAGCAGCAACAACAUCAUCACCGGUGACACCUGCAACAUCGCCCAGCGAUUUGGCUUCGCCCAAAAAUUCACUUUCAGCCAAGUAUCGCAGCUUGGUCAUGAUCACCAAAGACAAUGAAAGUGCAGCUGGUGAUUAUGAAAUGGCAACCAGCAGCGGCAACAACAACAGCAGCAGCAACUCCAAUCGCAGCAGAGGCAGCAACAAAGGCAGCAAUACUUUUGGCCAGAACUUUGCGGGUGACUCAUUUCGCGCCAUGGAACCAACCGAACUCGUGAGCAGCGAUCGCGAAUCGUACAGUGUGGACUCGCUAAACGAACCGCCCGCCUUGCCGGAACUUUCUGUGGAGGAUGGUUUGGCGGAUGACGACUCCUGGGUGGAGGAACUGAGUCAAAGGGGCGAGGAUGAGGAUGAUGAGAACCUGAGCAAUGCCACCACCACGCCAACUGCCACGGAUUCCGAAGAUGCGGAAGGGGAAACUGAAGGAACCCGGAGAUAUUUGGAUCGCGAGGAGGAACUGAGGGGAUAUAACCGAUCUGCCAUCGAUUUCACCUUACAUACAAUUGUGGAGGAGAGUUGCGAGGAGAGCGAGGUGGCCUCCAUGCGAGCGGAUAACGAGGACACCGAGUUGGAGGAGGAGGAUCUGGCGGAGCGGAGGCGACAACGCACUCUGAACCAUCACCAUCGGUUGAGUGCCUCCGAAUUGGAGAAGUACUUCUUCUUUGGACUGGGAGAUGGUCGGGUGAUGAGCAGCAUUGACACCCGUGGCGAUGACACCGCCUCCGAGGUGAGUUCCGAGUGCUCCGAGAGUCUGGACUCCCUGCCCCACGAAGAUCAGCUACUGGACACCAGUGGAGCCUCCGAUCUGGCCUCCUCCCGCCUGGAAAAGUACUUCCUCUCCGGAUUUAUGGGCUUCAGUGGCGGGGAGAAGCAGGCGGAGAGCGACGAGAGUGGCGGCAGUGUGGGCAGCGAUAGCGAAGGUCACCCGAGUCCCAGUCAGCGGAGGAAGCGAUUGGUGAGGGCCAGGGGAACCCCAAGGAGUCACAACUCCUCGCUGGAUAAUCUUCUCCUUCCCGAAACCGAUACCCUGGAUGCCACGGUAACUUCUGCUGGAGGAACAGCCACGGCCACAGUGGAGGACACCUCCGAAUCCGAGGCAGGUUGCGAUGACACUGUGAUCCACUUGGCCAACGCCGGUGCCUCCGAUGGCUCCUCCUCCGAUACGAUUAAGAGGAAGAAGCAGCUAAGGAAGAGGCACGAUUCCCUGGAUGAGAAGAAGCUGCAUGAUCUGGAACCCUCCGAGUGCAGGACUCCCACUCCAGGUGCUGGUGGUCAGGUGCAGAUGCAAUCGCAGGCCAAGAAGCAGCAGCAGCAGCACCAUCACAGCCGGGACAGUGGAUUUGUGGGCAGCAAUGAUGAUCUGCUGAAAGCAGCUCCGGAUUGUGAGCCACCCAAGAGUCCCACUCCCGCAUUGGAGCAGAUCAGCGAGGACAGGGAACCAGCUCACAGCCAGAUAAGCCUGGCCAAGAUGGAUAUGCCGAGCACCUCAGCAGCUGCAGCCACGAAUCCCAUGCCCAGCCAACUGAGAAAUCUCACCCUGCCCAAUUUGGUGCGAAAGGACAGCUUCAACAACUGGAGUUCCGACGAGGAGACCAACCUGAUGAUGAGCAAGAUGCGGCAGUUCUUCAAGACCCUCAUCGUGGCCACUGCAAAUGCGCAGCAGCAGCAGAGCAAGCCAACCACUCCCAAUCAGGGCCAGAACACCACGCCCAGUUCCCAGCGGAAGGUGGCCAAAUCCCGGCCAGCUCAGUUGGCCUACUUCGAAAACGAGCUAACGCGACUGAUGAAAACCGUGCCGGGAAUCAACGAUGAGCAGGUGCGCGAAAUAGUGGAGUACCUGAGCAGCGAGGACACGUGGUCCGAUUCCUACGACUCCUCCGAUUACACGAGCUCCGAUUUGGAGGGCGGUGAGCGGAAGGGUCAACUGAAGGCACAGAUCUCCGCCAGCUGCCAGCAGAUAAUCAACAAGUUCGAGAUCGACGAGGAGGGAGAUCGAGGAGAUGGUGGCUUGCUGGACGAAAGUCAGAGUGUUCCCAUGGAGGCCUUGGUCUACCAAAAGCUGGUAGCUUCCUUCAGCAAAGUGGCAGCUGGCGGAGAACCGGAAGUGGAAGCUGCCAAGGAGGUGGAAGAGAAGGAGGCAUCCACGGAGAGAUCUCCCCAGCUUUUUGCCAAGGUGAUGCAGCACAUUGGCACCCGGUUGGUGGCUCUAAUGCACGAGGUUAGCAGUGGCAAUGAGACACCCACUCCCUCGCCGCAAAAUCAAAGGCACCACAGAAGACUGCAGGCCAAGAUCUCGGCCACCACAACGGAGGAUGAAGAGGAUGAGGUGGAGGAGCAACUCCGAGCGAUGCCCAUUAAGCAAUUGAAGCUGAGGAGCAGAUCACAUGACCUCCUGCUGGAUGGAACCACUCCCCAUUCGCACCACCUGCACCACCAGGCCACCGUUCACCAUCCGGGAAGUGGAGUAAGUGGCACUGCAGGAUCUGGAGGAUCCUCCGGACCUGGACACUCGGACAACGCCGGCGAGGAGUGCGGCGUGACCAGCGACUACGAACGGUUCUCGUGGCGCGGCAGUUUUGAGUCGGCAUUACUGGCUAAUGGCGACAGCAGAACGAGGCUCAGCCAGCUGAGCCAACUGGACAGGGACAACUCGUCGUCUGCGUCCGCUUUGGCAGUUGCAAAGCGCCGAUCGGCAGGCGACCUUCUCUUCAGCCAGCACCAGCAGAGCCUCAGCCGCGAGCAACUGGAUCGGGUGAGAUCCUGCGGCAGCAUCGGAGGAGGCGAUGCCCACCACCACCAGCUGGAGGCCUCGCCAGCGAAACCCUGGCUCUCCUCGGCGGGAUCUUCCAUAGGAGGUGAUUCCACGAAGGACGUGAGACGCUCCAGUGUGCCGGAUGCCAUCUACGAAACGGAUUCCAGCGAUGAAACCGCCUCGAAUCAGUUUGGAGGAGCCAGAUCCACGCUGCCCAGGAGUCUCAACUCCGGCCAGGUGGUGGCCAGCACGAAUUCGCUGCCGAGGCUGCCCACCACCACCACCGGAGCGGGUGGUGCACCCAUCACCAGCACCCCGAAGACAAAGUCACAGAGUGCCCUCAACCACACGCCCUCCAAUUUGUCCUCCGUCUCCGCCACUGGAAGUGCGAAGAGUGCGAGGUACCGCUCGCCAGGAUUGGCUGCUCGAGCCGCAGCUGUCAGUGGUGGUGGAGCAGCAGGAGGAGGAGGAGGAGGAGGUGGUGGAUCUCUGGGAGGAGUGGCUGGCGGUGGAGUGGCCAGCAGCGGGAAAAAACUAGGCGCGGGCUUCCAGUUCCUCUACUCCAAACGCGAUGCGCGCAAACGUCUCAACAUGUCAGCGGAGGAGGCCAAAGUGGCCGCCGAGGAGCUGUCGCGAUCGCCGGUGAUGGGACAACGACAUGGAGAUGGCACCGGCAGUCCCAUCCAGUCACGUGCCUCCAGCGAAACGUGGCCCACUCAGUCGGAUGAGGACAUCGAUCGCCUGGUGGCCAUGCACCAAAACAGGAGCAGUCUCAGUUCUCUGGGGGUUCGCUCGGAGUCGAUGGCCAGCGUUUAUUCGGGUGCCGGUGAGGGUCGCUAUGGCACCGUGGUGGUCAAAGGUCAAGUGGAGUUCGCCAUGCAGUACAACUACAAGCUGAGUGCCCUGGAAAUCCACGUGGUGCGCUGCAAGGACUUGGCAGCCGUUGAUGCCAAACGCAACAGGAGCGAUCCUUAUGUGAAGGUAUAUCUUCUGCCCGACAAAUCGAAGGCCGGCAAGCGCAAAACCAAAGUCAAGAAGCACACGCUGAAUCCCAUCUUCGAUGAGACGAUGCGCUUCCACACUCCCAUUUCCAGUCUGGAGUCGCGAACUCUUUGGCUGACGGUGUGGCACUCGGACAUGUUUGGGCGGAACGACUUCCUCGGCGAAGUCAGUGUCAAUUUGCAGGGCCGCCUCUUCGACAAUCCCCAGUCGCAGUGGUACCUCCUUCAAGAACGCAGCGAACCCUUCGAUGAAGUAGCCACCUAUAGAGGCGACAUUGUGGUGGGUCUGAAGUACAUUCCUCCAGAGAAAGUGAAGUCCUCCUUCUUCUCGCGCGGCUCCUCGGUAACAGGAAGCUCCUCAAACUUGCGUAAGUUUGGGGGCAGCAUAAAGUCGGUAACCUCGAAAUCAGAACGGACUUCAAAAGGAGGCCAACUACACGUGUUGGUCAAGGAAGCCAAACACCUGAGUCCCAUCAAGGCCAAUGGAACCUGCGACGCCUUCUGCAAGAGUUAUUUAUUGCCCGAUCGCACGCGGAGCUCCAAGCAAAAGACACCUGUGGUGAAGCGCACUUUGCAUCCCAGCUGGAAUUAUACCUUCGUUUACGAAGAUGUUUCCCUGGAGGAAUUAUCGGAAAGAGCUUUGGAGCUAACCGUUUGGGAUCACGAUCGACUGGCCAGCAAUGAGUUUGUUGGCGGCAUCCGUUUCUCCCUGGGAACUGGUCGCAGUUAUGGAAGGCAAGUGGAGUGGAUGGAUGCCACCGGCAAGGAGCUCUCCCUCUGGCAAAAUAUGCUCGAUCGACCCAACUUUUGGGUGGAGGGCAGCCUGGUACUGCGUUCCAGUUUAGAUGGCAUAAGAGCCAAUUUGCCAUAGGCCAACCUCGAAGAUUAGAAAACGUAUUGUUUAGAGCCAAGACAAACCACAAAAGAGCAGUUCAAAUUGCCAAUGGCAAGCUGCAUUGUAUUGUAUUGUAUUAAUUAUGCGAUAAUUAUCAAUUAACGAUCACUACGACUCUGAGAAGCAUUACUAGCGUUUUAAGACAGAAGGAAGACGAUUGUAACAUUCACAAUUUAGUGUUAACAGUGUGGAACGAUGAUUUCUGAAUACUCGAAUACGUCGAAAUAUGGCGAUGACGCUGCAAGUAGCGCAGUUCCGCCAAAAACAAAAAGCAAAGUAAUCAAGGCAGACAUGAGAAACUAAGCAAGAAAAACAAACCUUAUCAAGUUUAUGGCACUAAUUGUAAGCGCAAUUCUCAGCUAUUCGAUGCAGAUAAAAACUACAACUGUAAAGCAAAACGAUGUGGCCCCAAGGUUGGGCUGUCUAGAUCUUAAGAGAGUUUGUAUGUGUGUGUUUUUUUUCCACCCCCCUCCAACCCCCUCUCCCCUUUCGAGAGGCAUUCGCAAUUGGCAUACUAUAUGCGCUAAACUACGAUAAACCUACAAACUAAAACGUAUCGUUAAAACCUAGUUAAAUCGAGGCAUAAGCUUACUAUGUAUAACUAUCCAUAAUAUCCGAGAAAAAUACAAAUAACAUUUUUGUAAAUUCAA